AUGCUCGCUUCGUCGUACCUUCAUCCCCAACAACCGCUUUUUGAAACUGAUAGGAAACACACAAUGCAAACACACAGCGAGAUCAGCGCACACCCGACGUCCGGGUCCGUGAAUGUCCGCACGGACAAACGCGAACUCGAGGCAGACAUUAACCGCAAAGUCGACUUCUUUGGCGUCAUCGAAGCCUUCCGCGAUGGCAAGCUUCCCGACAACAAGCAGAUCGAGUCGGCACUGCAGUAUGCCAAGGGCCACUCGUUUGUCGACGUCAACAAGCUGUCAGAAGACGGCCAGGAGCUCAUCUCGGAUGUUCGCGACAUCAUCGGCACAAUGCUGGAGAUGGUGAAGCGCAACAACUCGGACGAGCUGGUCCAGGAGGCGAUCUGGGAGUCGGAGGACCUCGGCAACCUUGACCUGCACCCCGACACAAAGGGUGCUGCCAAGCGCAAGGCCGAGAAGAAGGAGCUCAAGUCGGAUGCCGACGAGGCAGGCAAGCACCUCCGUGUUCUCUUCACUCUCUUUGCGACCAACGGCGAGGUGCGCAAGCUCCUCAAGGACCUUGGCCUGCUCGGCCGUGACCUCUUCGCCAACGCCGCCACCAAGGCCGCGGAUGCCGCCCGCCCAUCAAAGGACGAGAUGGCCAACGUCGACAAGGCGGCGGAGAAGAACACAUGGAUCGCCCCAGAUGGCACCAAGACGGGUCUGAACGAGACACCGCACCUCGAUGUCAACCUCCCCGAUGGCGGCAAGGUCAGCUACAACCCCAAGGACCACCUCCGGGACGCACACGUCCGCGAUGGUGAAGGCCAUACGUCGUCUGCCGGCCAGGUCGCCGACGCCUACCGCCAGGAGAAGGCCAAGGUCGAGGAUGCGGCGCAGCAGUAUGCCCAGGGUGGUCCCACGCAAGCAGGCUACACCGGCUCGGGUACACAGGGCGUGAAGGACAGCAGCGUGCCGUACCACAAGAGCUUGCCGUCGUCUGGCGAGCUCGCCGAUGGAGCGCGCCAGGUCGAGGGUCAGGCGCGCGCGGCCGCCAACGAGGCCGACACCCGGGUGCGCCGCGACGGCGCCGCGAAUGCCGCCGACGACGCGGUCAACAGCCGCGGUGGGCUCAAGGACAAGUUCAACAACGCCGUGCCUGCCGAGGAGCGCGAGAAGGCUCAGCGUCAGUUCGAACACUUUAAGAGCGACGCCAAGGACAUUAUCGACGACGAGUUCCCCGAGGAGCGCAAAGAGCAGUUCAUUUACCGCCUCAAGAAGGUGCUCUACGAGGUGCAGCAGCACCAGGACUACAACGAUGCCAUGUCGUGGCUGCUCGAGGCGGGGCACAAGUACGAGGCACGUGCCGAGCGCGACAUCAAGAACGAGGUCCAGCACUCUGACGCGACGGGCGCGCCGGUUAAGAGCGUGUUCAGCAAGUUUGCCACGGUUCUCGAGCGCUUCGCGAACGGCAACAGCAUCGAGCCUACGCGCAAGGCCAUCGACAACCUCUACGUCGACGCCAAGAACGACCCUGAGCUCAAGAAGUUCUGGCAGGACGUCGACCAGUACGUCAACAACGUGCUGCUCGAGCCCGGCUACGUGAUGGAAGACGAAGCAGCCGAGGAGGGCCGCCAGCUCGAGAAGCGCGCCCGCGCAUUCUUCGAGACGGGCAAGUACAAGGACAACUGGGACCAACUGUGGAACAGCAUUGUCACUUUCACCAAGGGCUUCCACGAGGACCCGCUCAACCGCCAGUUUGCCGACGACUGGAAGCGCCUCACCAAGGACAUUGCUUACGACAAGGACGGCAAGCUCGCUCUCAAGCCGCACCUGUGGAACGACAUUCGUCACCAGAUCCUGCCUGCCAUCAUCAGCCACGUUGGAUACUUCCCCAUCCCGCGUGCCGAGUACACUGACGAGAAGAUCGACCUCGUUAUCGAGAACCUCGUCCUCUCUGGCCCCAACCUGUUCCCCAACAUUGUCACGAUCGAGAACCACAACUACUUUAGCUUCUCGCCAUUCAACUCGAUCAAGGACAAGUCGCACCACCGCUUCCGCAUCGGCCUCUCCCAGAUCCAGGCGGAUAUCCGCAACCUCCGGUUUGCGUUCCGCAAGAAGAAGGGCUUCCCGAGGAUGAGCGACAGCGGUAUCGCCGACGUGGUCCUUGCCCGCAACGGUAUCUCGGUGGACAUUGAGAUCGAGACGAUCGAGAACAGGAAGGACACGGUGUUCAAGGUCCGCUCGGUCAAGACGUCGAUCGACGAGCUGAGCUUCAAGAUCCGCGACGCCAAGCACGACCUGCUGUACAAGUUUAUCAAGGUCGUGGCCACCGGCGCGAUCAAGAAGGCCAUCGCGAAGGGCAUCGAGGCGGGUAUUCGCUCGGGUCUGGAGUACGUCGACGAGGAGCUGGUGCAGAUCCGCGCCGCGCUCGACGAGAGCAAGAACGACGACGAUGUGACGCGCACCGAGGCUAUCAAGAAGCUGUACCAGCGCAAGAAGGCCGAGGCCGAGAAGGCUGCCGAUGCAGUCGACGUCAAGGCCAACGCGGCCGGCGUGCAUGCCAACGUCAACGACGGCGCUGCAGCUGGUGGUGGCUUCCACCUGGUUGCUAAGAAGGAGGAGUCGGUCCUGCCCGAUCUCGUACAGGACCCCAAGCACUCGCUUGUCGAGAAGAUUGACGUCGCGGAGAAGAAGGCGCAUUCGGGACAGGCAUGGCGCUCGCCCGCGUUCUCCAUCACUCCCUAAGUCUCUGGGCAGGGUGAUGACGCAUACCGUCGUACAGCCGACGGUAGCGUCGCGCCGAAGAAGGCCCCUGUCGCCUAAGGAGUGGCGCCCCAUCUAAGUCUACGUACAUGUAGUUAACAGUUAGUCGAGAGAAGCUAGUCGAGUUCGAUUCGAACAUGAAUGGAGCCUGUAAGAAGAUAUGCCUAUGCACGAGUAUGCCUAUCAACUAUACCUACGACUACAUGUUGAUCAUCAAGUGAGGACUCUUACGCCAGCGCAGGAAGGCGACGAGGAGCGCGGCACCCGCAGCCAUCCCUCCAGCCCAGAACACGGCUGGGCGGUACGCCGCAAUGCCUCGCGCUUCGCCGCCAUACGCAGCGAGCAAGUAUCCGGCAAUUGGCGCACCCAUGAGGUACCCUCCGCCCCAGCCCGUGACGAUCAUGCCGAAGGCAACAGUCAUGCGCUGCGAGCCCAUGACGUUGUUGACGACGGUGGGCAUGAUGGCGAAGAAGCCGCCGCUGCUUGCGCCGUUGACGAGCACAAAGAUGAUAAGUGGGGCGAGGGACACUGAGCUAGGCCAUAGGACCAGCAGUGAGAGGCAGGUGACGAAGAGCACGGCGAAGAGCGUGUUGAGCGGUCCGAGCAGCCGGUCAGACAGGAAGCCUGUGAGGAUGCGCCCGAUGGCAGACGAGAAGUUGAACACGCAUACCAAGGCCGCGCCAGUGGUACCGCUCAGGUGCAUCGACUGGGCGUACAGCGGAAGGAAGAAGGGGGGCACGAAGAGCGGGAAGGUGGCGAGUGCGCCAGAGGCGAAGAGUACGAGGAAGUCGAGGUUGCGGAAAAGGGACCUGGUCCACAAACUCCUUGCGCACGACCGUGGUACGCUCCUUGACAUACCAUGCCGCCGGGAGGCAGGUAACGAGGAUGAGCAGGCCCACAAGGCGGAACGUCCACUCGAGGCCGAUGUUGCGGACGCCUGCCUCGAGCGCGAGCGAGAUGACCGCGCCGCCGAGCCCACCGGCCGCGUACACGAUCCCCACGGCCGUCCCGCGCUUGGUGGUAAAGUACUGCGCGGGCGUGAUGCUGAUCACCAUGAAGCAGAAGCCCACGCCGAGCCCCAUCAUCACGCCGGCGGUGACGAACAGGCCUCCGACGUUCCGUGUCGUGAAGCUCGCAAAGAUCUGCGAGAAGGACAUGAAGAACGUGCCGAUGAUGGCCAUCUUGCGCGCGCCCAGCGACGUGAGGAUACGCGAGUUGAGGAUGGCCAUGAAGCUGAGCAUUGAGACGGCGAUGGAGCCGACAAACGCCAGCGUCGACGCCGGCGCGAGGUGCCGCUCCACCAACGUCGUCUGCAACACGCCCCAGCUGUAGGUCACACCGACGAACCAGAACCCGAGCAUCGAGCAGCAGCCGACCAUGGCCCACGCGUGCAGCCCGCCAUCUGGCGCUGAGGCGUCGAGCGCGCGCGACGCCUCGUGCGGGUCGGUGGUCUCGGGUGCGGUAUCGCCAGCGCCAGCGCCAGCUCCACCGGGGUUGUUCAGCCUGGCGGUUGAGGCCGUCGGUGUACGGUUCAGCGUGUUCAGCUCGAUGUCUGCGUCGGCCGCCGCCUUCGGCAUGUCGAGCGGGGCCUUGGUCGCGUCCACUGGGGGGUUGCUGCUGGCCAUGGUGUGUGGGUAGGAGUGAG